UAUGUGUUCUCUAGAUGCCAGGUGUGCCGCGCCCCCCAGUGUCUACCGCAUGCCAUCGUAUUCACACUCGCCUUAUGAGCGUCCCGGCUGGAAUCCCCGUCUGUGUGUGCUAUCUGGAAAUCAACUCUUUAUGCUAGACGAGGAAGAGGUCCAUCCUUUGUUGAUGCGUGAAAGGAGACCAGAGCCCCACCGCAACAAAUUGUUGCGUCGCACUGUAAGUGUGCCAGUGGAGGGGCGACAUCACACUGAGCAAGAGUACGCGUUAUCUCGUUCUCGUCGGAAGAGUAUCGCUACCGGGAAGCAGCACAGCAUGGAGACUCCACCUACAGCUCAGCCACAGCCCUUCAGGCAGCCUAGCUUUUUGAGCCGGCGACUAAAGGGUUCUAUAAAGCGUGCUAAGAGCCAACCAAAACUGGAUCGAACCAGCAGCUUCCGCCACAUGAUCCUGCCGAGAUUCCGAAGUGCAGACCAGGACAGGACUCGUUUGAUGCAGAGCUUUAAGGAGUCUCACUCCCAUGAGUCUUUGCUCAGUCCGAGCAGUGCAGCUGAGGCACUGGAACUCAGCCUUGAUGAGGACGCCAUCAUCAAACCAGUUCAUUCCAGUAUACUGGGCCAGGAGUUCUGUUUCGAGGUGACCACUGCCUCAGGUACAAAAUGUUUUGCGUGCCGCUCAGCAGCUGAAAGAGACAAAUGGAUUGAGAAUUUGCAGCGAGCAGUCAAACCUAAUAAGGAUAAUAGCCGACGUGUGGAUAAUGUCCUUAAACUGUGGAUUAUCGAGGCACGAGAUCUGCCAGCAAAGAAGCGUUACUACUGUGAGCUGUGCUUGGACGACAUGUUGUACGCACGCACCACAAGCAAAGCACGGACCGACAACGUGUUCUGGGGGGAACACUUUGAGUUUAACAAUCUCCCAGCUGUGCGUAAUCUCCGAAUCCAUCUAUACAAAGAAACCGACAAGAAGCGCCGCAAAGAAAAGAGUUCUUACCUGGGCAUGGUUAACAUUCCAAUUUCCAGCAUUUCAGGCCGGCAGUUUGUGGAGCAGUGGUACCCGGUGGUGCAACCCACUGCUUUGGGAAAGGGAGGCUCUGGGUCAUCUAGCAAGUCUGGCUGCCCCACUAUCCGCAUCAAAUCACGGUACCAAACUAUGAGCAUUUUGCCCAUGGAGCUCUAUAAGGAGUUUGCAGAAUAUGUUACCAACAACUACCGGACACUUUGCAUGGUGCUGGAACCAGUGCUGAGUGUUAAGAACAAAGAAGAAGUGGCAUGUGCACUUGUGCACAUUCUGCAGAGCACAGGGAAGGCUAAGGAUUUCCUGUCAGAUAUGGCAAUGUCAGAAGUGGACCGUUUCAUGGACAGAGAACAUCUCAUUUUCCGUGAAAAUACACUUGCCACCAAGGCUAUUGAAGAGUACCUGAAGCUUAUUGGACAAAAGUAUCUCAAGGAUGCUAUUGGAGAGUUUAUUCGAGCACUGUAUGAGUCAGAAGAGAAUUGCGAAGUCGACCCAAUGAAGACAUCACCUUCUGUGCUUGCUGACCAUCAAGCAAAUCUGAGAAUGUGCUGUGAGUUAGCGCUUUGCAAGAUCGUCAACUCUCAUUGUGUGUUUCCACGUGAGCUAAAGGAAGUAUUUGCAUCAUGGCGCAUUCGCUGUGCAGAACGUGGCCGGGAAGACAUUGCUGACCGCCUGAUCAGUGCCUCCCUUUUUCUUCGUUUUUUGUGUCCCGCGGUAAUGUCACCGAGUUUGUUCAAUCUGACUCAAGAGUAUCCUGAUGAACAGACAUCCCGUACCCUUACCCUCAUUGCCAAGGUCAUCCAAAACCUUGCCAACUUCACCAAGUUUGGCAGUAAAGAAGAGUACAUGAGUUUUAUGAAUGAAUUCUUGGAGAUGGAAUGGGGUUCAAUGCAGCAGUUCUUGUAUGAGAUCUCCAACCUGGACAGUGUGACGAAUGCAGGAAGCUUUGAGGGUUACAUUGAUCUGGGUCGAGAGUUAUCAACACUGCACUGUCUGUUGUGGGAAACAAUGGCACAACUGAGCAAGGAAGCAAUCAUCAAGUUGGGCCCAUUGCCUCGGUUAUUGAAUGACAUCAGUGUGGCUCUUAGAAACCCACACCUGGAGCGCCAGCCUAGCCACCAAACAGAAAGGUUGCAUUCCCGCCCUAGCUUCAACCGUGGUGUUUCCUCUGACUUCCAAAACCUCAUGAUGCGAGAACUUAACAGAUCUAUUGAUGUCACACGGCUGCCUUCCCCAACUUCUGCCUUGACUUCAGGAGGUGGGGGGCUUUCACAAGGGGGUCCAGGUGGGAUUUUGGACCGUGAUCAUCCCCACCGUGCUUCGAAGGAUGUUUUUUACGUGACCAGGCCACCUUUGGCCCGAUCGAGCCCUGCGUACUGCACCAGCAGCUCAGACAUCACAGAACCUGAUCCAAAGGUGCUAAGUGUCAACAAGAGCGUGUCCAUGAUGGACCUGCAGGACAGUCGAAUGAACAGCGUGUCCAACCUGCACAGUGUGGGGGACAUGCUAAACAGCAGCCAGGCCUCCAUCGCAGGACUGGGUGGACUUGGAGGCCUGGGACUUGGGGGGGGUGGAGGAAUGGGUGGGAUAGGGGCGGGGCUGCGUCCUGGAGGCAGGUUAUCUGCCGGCAGCGGGGGAUCCAGCAUCUCGGGGGGGCUGCGGCUUAGCCAGAUGGGAGCGACCACGGACUCGGUGUCUCAGCAGCAAGCUGCAAUGCGUAUUCCACUGUCCUUUCAGAACCCUCUGUUCCACCUGGCUUCUGAUGGGCCUCAGCUGCAACACCAGGCAAGCCGAGUGUCGCUCCAGCAGCCCCACCCAACAUUGCUGCUAGCCCCCGAUUCUGCGCAGGACAUGGCCUCCACGCAGCACCAUCCCUCCUUCCUGACUUCCUUCCAUGGCUACUCGCGUAGCGAGGACCUGUCGGCACUAAGUGCCAAGCCACCUCCCCCCAACAUCAGCCAUAGCCACAGCUACAGUGACGACUACACCAGGCAGAACUCGGAGUUCAACCGGCGGCAGCUCUCGCUGCAGGAUAACUUGCCGCCAAUGCUUGGUGGGGUUCCCUCAGGUUCUGCCUCUGUGAUGGGCACCCCUCCCUCAUCGUCACAGCCUCAGAGGAGGCUUCCAGAGCAACAGUCCACCAUUGCGCCACCUCCAGCCUCAGCUCUGCAACGCUCGAAGACCCAGCAGCUGUCGGUUAGUGCAGCCCAGCCUCCAGCACAGCGGCUGGACCUGCAGCACCAGCAAUCCACUCAGCAGCCACUGCAAAAACAGCCCAGCCAGGCCCGGCCUACCAGCGGAAAUUUGCUCCAGUCCCCAGAACCCACAUAUGGUCCGCAGCCGGGCCGGGCCGGGCCCAGGCAGCAGCUGUCGGUGAAGGAUGCAAUGCAGCCGCCGGGUCUUCAGCACCAGCAGAGUUCGGUCCGUGAGGCGCAGCCUGCGGCAACACAACAAGCUCAAUCUACAUCCACACAACAACAGCUGAAACCUACAAUUUCCAAGCAGGGCUCUCACUCACCAUCCACAUUGAACCCCCCAUCACAAGCUUCAGAACGCACUGUGGCUUGGGUAUCCAAUGUACAUCACUUGUCAGCUGACAUUGAGACCUCACACAUUGACCGUGAGGAAUUCAAGCUGAAGGAGUAUUCCAAAAGCAUGGAUGAGUCACGGCUGGACAGAGUAAGAGAAUAUGAAGAAGAAAUUCACUCUCUAAAGGAAAGGCUGAUGAUGUCACAUAGGAAGUUGGAGGAGUAUGAGAGGCGACUUAUGAGUCAAGAAGAACAGACCAAUAAGAUCCUGUUGCAGUACCAGAGUCGGCUGGAAGACAGUGAACGCCGGCUUCGCAUGCAGCAACAAGAGAAAGAUUCACAGAUUAAGGGCAUCAUCGACAGGCUGAUGGCAGUGGAGGACGAAUUGAGGAGAGACCAUGUAACUGGUCCCCCACCACCCCUCGACCUGAAGCCACGACUACUCGACGCUCAGGAGGAGCAGUUUCCCACCAUGGGUUCUUCAAACCCCCGUCUGAUGAUGCUGGCGGCGCUGCAGGGCAAGGAUCGGAGCGGACCAGGAUCAGGAACAGGAGCCGGACCUGGAGUUUCAUCACAGCACCAGACACUGCCCUGGAACGGAAUGACGGGCGUGACAUCUUCACCAUCAAUGGCAGGAGUGGGACUUAUACCUCCGCCACCACCGCCCCGCUUGCAUAUCACAGAAAAUGGCGAGUUCCGGAACACGAGCAGCAGCAGUGGUGCAGGGAAUGCAGCGAGCACAACCGGAGCUGGUCACUAGCCAAGGUCUCCCAGAGGAAGAGUCUUUAAACUGAUCAGGGAAUACGGACCUUCUUCCAAGCUGGUCCCUUCACCUCGGUACAAUGCAAUAUCCCCAAGCCCCAAACCCAGGCUGCACUGAGCUGAGACCCUCUAGCCUUUCAGAUGUUGCUGCUUAUAGGAGGCAGGGCUGCUGCAGGAAUUGAACAGGCACAAGUCUAUCAGGGUAAUAGGCACAUCCAUUUCAAUCGCUGUACUGCAUUCUUCUGAUGAACCAAAAAGCUAAUGUAGGACAGAUCAUUAUUGCAAAGGAGUUUGUGUAUAUUUGAGAAUUUCCUUCAGAAUGCUCAGCAUGUCAUGAGGAUAGAACAUGCAUCCUAUAAUGUUAUAGACCUGGGAGUUGUACUGAAAGGAAGCCAUGUGAGAAAAAAAGUUUGUUUUUUUUAUAGAGUUUAUUUCAAAAUUUAGCAGUCACCUUAAAGAAGAACUUGAUAGAUUGCCACUUUCAAUUUAUUCAUUAAAAAAGAAAAAUCUAAAUUAUGAAGCAUCAAUUUUCAAAAGAAGUCUUGUAUUAUUUUUUUCAAACCAAUUUGAAUAUUAAGAGUAUAGUCAAAGAUUACUCUGCUGCAACUACAGCUGAUACUAGUAGUAAAUUAAUUUUUAUGUCACUUUGUUCUACAUACAGGAGCUUCUCAUCACCAUUUUUUAAGCACUUUGAUAGGCGGUUGACAAUCUAUUCUGGUUCGCCUCAAAAUGGAGUCUUAAUUUAUUUAAUUUUAUUGAAAAACUGAAGAAAAUGCCAUUCAAGUUGUGCAGGCGUAUUUCCAUUUGUAACACUGCUGGGCUUAGCCAACAUUUUCAGCUUUGUCUAAUUCAAUUUAUCUCUCUAACAUUUUCAACUUUUGUCAUGCUCUGUUGUGCUCUAUUAAAGCACAAUCUGGCUUUGCUUAGUUUACAAUAGGCACUGCCAGGGUACAGCAUUAAGCUAACGGGGUAUGAAGUUGUAUAGCGUAGUUAAAUGGGGGAUUAAUAAAGUCUUUUUAAAGUUUGAGCAAAGAUGUAAGUACAGCAGACAAUCUCUCUGGCAGUGGCCAACUGAAGACUCAAUUCACUCCACAGCCCUUUGUCUCGGCUCACUCAGCCUUUGUGAGAAGGCUUGUUUUGGGGAACAAAAUAAUAACCAGCACAAAGAAAUCUGCCUCAUGCAGCCAGGAUAAGCAUGAAUGCAACAAGUGGUAUAUUUUGUAUACAGCCAGAGUCAUUGAUGAUCAUUUUCCACUGGCGGCACUCCCAGACAUCUCCAACCUAAAAAAAAGAAAAAAGUGAAAUAAACAGCAAGAUUGGCUGUCUUUGGCUGAAUCAAAGAAGAGGACACCUAUAAUUGGCUUUUAUUGUUAUCCUGUUAAACGCUUUUGUUUUACUUGACGUGACCAUGAGUGGUCACAUUAUGGAAAAGAGGAGCUCUGAUGAUUUGAACGCAUUUUAAAAUUUUCCGUGUGAUUUAUUAUUGAUUGUCCUGUGGCAUUCUACCUUCUUCUAUAACGAUCCUCACUGGUCAGCUGGCUUCUCAGUGUUUUUUGUUGUCUUGCUGGUAGAAUUUGUAUAUAAUUCAAGGAAAGCUAACUGGAAUAAUUUACAGAAGAUGGGAAUGGCGCUGACACCCCUGGAAGAGAGCUCUACUUUUCUUUUAUACCAAGGGCAUUUUCAUACACAGGAAAUAAAUAACAAUAAGUAAUAAUUUAUUUAUAACCUUUUGGACCUUUGGCAGUAUGGCUGCAACUGCUCGCUGCUCUUCUCUGUUUGUCAGUUUGUCUGAAUCGGGCUGCACUGGACAACAGGCUACAGCUCCUCAUCUUCCAGGACUCGCUGGAUACGAAGCUCAGAGACAACAUGACUGGAUUUUUGCUUGGUCUUUGUUUUUAAAGUUGAUCUUUCAUGAUUGCAGGACUUUUCAACCAAUGUGAUCUGCAGAUGGGACGAAUGGUUGGCGCCUCACUGCAGGGAGAAAAGACUGAUGAGACCCCUUUAACUCCUUUACCCCAGUUAUUGACACCCUCGCCCCAUGUAGCCUUUUAGAUACCAGUCACAAAAGACUGUUCUUCUGUCUUUCUGGGAACAUUACUUUGACUCUCAUAUUUAGCCUGAUUUACAAUUCCUGUCUCUGACUCACUGAAACUUCAAAAGGGCUGAAACAGAGGGAAAACAAUUUUGUACUUUUUAUUUCAAUCCUACUAGUUUUGCUUGAUAAACUGUUUUUUUCAUGUGGGUUUAGGCCCAUGCCUUCAGUAUUUUCUUUGUGUCCUAUUCUAUUGCAUCCCCACAAAGAUAGAAGAACAUGGACAGGAACAUGAACAAUAACAGGGGAUCCUCGUACAGGUCUGGAGUCCCGGGCCCUGUUAUUGGGGAUCAUUGGAAACUCAACAAAAGCACACCAACGGACUGUCUGAAACCAAUCCCUUUUUUUGUUGAUUUCCUUUUCCCUUCAACAAACCUGCCUCCCGCUUACCCGUCCAAAAGUGUUGGAGGGGGCUGUCUGGACUCCCUGCCACCUACUGUAUCUAGGGAAGGGCGGGUUGUAGUGACCCAAAGUGUACUGGUACUAUUGGUGAGACCAGGGCACCACCCGCUGUUGCACUUAAUAAGGGCGAAGUGGAUAGCUGCCCCUCAGACUGGUUAGUGUGUUCAUUUCAGGUGGAGGCUUGUUGCCACAAUGUAACCCCUAAAGCACAGGGCAGCGGCUGACUGCAGGAAACCUGAAUGAAUGAGCUGUAAAUAGGGUUCAUAGUCUAUAUUUCUACUGGGUGUGGGGGGGGGGGGGGGGCUUUGGGGGGCAAAGGGAAUGCAGGGUUUCCUGGGUUGAAUAGUUCACUUUUGUAAAAAAAGAUAAAUAAAUAAAUUUAUAUAUAUUAUAUAUAUAUAUAUUAUAUAUAUAGAGAUAAUAACAAUAAUACAAUACAAACAAAAAGCAAACAAAAGAAAAGAAAGCACACACCUAAAGACGUAUUUUCCUUUUUUUUCCCCCUUGGUUUGGUACUUUCUUUUAAACAAAGUUUUUAAACUUCAGUGCCAAUUUUAGACAGAGACAGACACCCCACCAACAAGAUCAAGGGCAUAAAAAGUACAACUGAGUUUCACCAGAGCUGUGGCACUUUGUCUUUUUAUUUCAGAUGCUUGUUCUUCACCAUAAUUAUCACUUCAUCCAGAGCAUCAGACCGCCCCAUUUAGGAAAAUGAGUUUAGCUGUGACCAAUUUGAGAGCCGGAUGGCCUAAAGACCAGCACAAACUCUUUUUGUAUUGCAAGUAUGAACUACAAAAUAGACAAUUUGUGUACCGGAGACACACCACACUGACCUGGAAAACUGCAGGUAUUUUAUUUCUUACGAUAAACCAUUUCUAAGCACCGUUCUUAAGAAGGUUACUCUGAUGUUUUUUCUUGCCACUGGAAAACACAAACGGUUGUCUGCUGUGUUAGCAUUAAAUGUUUUCCUAGUGGAUUUGACAGUAUCCGGGGUCAGCCGACCCUCCUCCUCCUCCCCAUGGCAACUGAUUCUGUGGUUUGAAUUUCACAAGGCUGGGUGUCUGUCUCUGUCCCUAAAGGCCCCUGCUCGAGUGGGGCCUUUACCUCGCGAGUCUAAGUGAGGGCUGUAUAAUUGUGCAGAGUGAACAACUCAGCUGUGAAUGGAUCUUGUUUUGCUGUUUGACGUUUAAUUUGUUCGUUGAAGUUUUUUGGUUGUAAAUAUUGCUUAUAAGAAACAAAAUCAAUUUGAUGGCGAAUGUCAGGAAACACGUAUUUGAAGUUAAUACUUGGACUGUAAAUUACCAGCCCAGUUCUCAUGCACACUAGGAAGGAAAUCACUUUCUUAAGCCAGAAUAUUUUGUAAUUAAUAUUUUCCUGAUUAAAAAAAAAUCUAAUUAAAUUAUUAAAUACUAUUUAUACGUACAUAAUUGCUAUUAUUAUUAUUAUUACUACUGUAAAAGUGUAUAUAUGUGGAAUUUAUUUCUUGACUAUUUCAAUAUGGGCUGGUUGUUGUAAUUUUAAGAAAAAAAAAAAAAAGGCUACCAAUAAAAAUUCCCUUUGCUCCCUGACAUCCACCUGACCCCAAAAUAUUAAUAUUGUCCCUAUAAUCUCCAGCUUCUAAACAGUGUCAGGGUAUAUGGAGCUGUAAAUAUUCCAACUCCACAACCUAAUGCACUGCUGAUGGAUCUUUCUGGGGUCAGCCUAGGGAAUUAGCAUUGAUUCAAGAGAAGUGUGUUAAUUUAUUCUUUUUUUAAUGUUGUUUAAUGUUCAUUUCUUGGGGUCUGUGGUGGCAGAAAAGAAAAAUGUUUAAUAAAGAGAGAUGUUAACUUUUA